AAAAAAAACAGAUUCGGUAGCUGAGGGAGCAAACUCCUGUUGAGAAAUAUUUGGCCGAUUAAACAAAAGUUAGGUUAAGGCUUAUCCCAGCUCUUACAGGCAGGGGUCAGCAAGGCACGUCACCGGCUCAUCACUGGGUUGACUCUGAGGCUACGAUGCCAACACACACAUAGUCUUAAAGUAAUGUUCAAACAAUGCCGAUAGUGGAUAAACUCAAGGAGGCGUUAAAACCCGGUCGGAAGGAGACGGGUGACGACGCGGACCUCAACAAGCUGCUGGCUUCUUCAGCCAAGAAGGUGCUAUUGCAGAAAAUCGAGUUUGAACCCGCCAGCAAGGGUUUUUCCUACCAGCUGGACAGCCUGAAGAACAAGUAUGUGAUCCUCAAUCCCAGAACCGAAGGAGCCACGGGCCAGAAAGCUGCAGAGCCCGCUCAAAUUAAGAGGCAAGCCUCUGAAAAUGGAAUCAGCAGCCAGGGUGACGGGAUCCCAGCCCCGCAAAAAAUGCUCUUUCCUGGGAACAAGCUCAAUCUUAAAUGGGAGCGUGUGUACAGGGUGGGAGCUGGUCUUCACAACCUUGGAAACACCUGCUUCCUCAACUCCACCGUUCAGUGUCUCACCUACACCCCGCCGCUUGCCAACUACUUGCUCUCAAAGGAGCACAGUCGGGCCUGCCACCAGUCAGGCUUCUGUAUGAUCUGUGUAAUGCAGAACCAUAUCAUCCAAGCCUUCGCUAACACAGGCAACGCCAUUAAGCCCGUCUCCUUCAUCAGAGACCUAAAAAAAAUCGCUCGACAUUUUCGCUUUGGAAGCCAAGAAGACGCCCAUGAGUUUCUGCGGUACACCAUUGAUGCCAUGCAGAAAGCCUGUCUCAAUGGAUACCCUAAACUCGAUAGACAGACUCAGGCCACAACACUGGUUCACCAGAUCUUUGGAGGCUACCUCAGGUCAAGAGUGAAAUGCUCCAUCUGCAAAAGUGUGUCGGACACGUAUGACCCUUACUUGGACAUUGCUGUGGAGAUCCGGCAAGCAGCAAACAUAGUGCGAGCCCUGGAGCUGUUUGUCAAACCAGACGUUUUGAGUGGAGAGAAUGCCUACAUGUGUGCCAAGUGCAAAAAGAAAGUUCCUGCCACCAAGCGCUUCACUGUCCACCGAACAUCUAACGUCCUCACCCUUUCUCUGAAGAGGUUUGCCAACUUUAGCGGAGGAAAAAUAACCAAGGACGUUGGUUAUCCAGAAUUUCUAAACAUCCGCCCCUACAUGUCUCAGAGCUCAGGCGACCCUGUUUUGUACGGUUUAUAUGCUGUCUUGGUGCAUUCUGGCUACAGCUGUCAUGCUGGUCACUACUACUGCUAUGUCAAGGCGAGCAAUGGACAGUGGUACCAAAUGAAUGAUUCAAUGGUUCACUCCAGUAACAUCAAAGUUGUUUUGAACCAGCAGGCUUAUGUGCUUUUCUACCUGAGGAUCCCUGAAUCGAAGAAGAAUGCAGACGGGCAGACCACCAAGCAGGGAAUGUUGCAUUCUGGGAAGAACAGUGCAUCAUCAGAGCAGAUAAAGAGGGCGAACUUAAAUGGGCCUCUCUCUUCCCCGCAAGUCACCAAGAAACUGGAGCCUGCACAGCUGCGUAAGAUCCAGUCUAUGGACGGCGGCUUGGGUUUGCCCAUUUCCAGGAACGGCGUUAACUCCCAACUGCAGCCCAGACUGUCCAACUGGACGUCAUCUUCCUAUGUCCCGUCGAAGGUGCCGGGCGGACCCACAGUUAUAGAGGAGCCUUUCAAGAAGGUUAAGAAGCCCUCUCCUCAGAGCCAGGCACAGUCCAUCAGCACCACGUCAACACCUUCCAGCAACGGGGUCGGGAGGACGGAGGGGGACAAAAAACAAAGCGGGGAGGGCAGGGGGAUGGCAGCAUCUACCUCAUUCAAGUCUCUGUCUGACUCUUCCUCUGCUGACACCACUGACUCGAAGGAGUCCAUUGGUCCGAAAAGUGAGCCAGUAAGAGAGACUCCGUCUACUCCUCGGAAGGGCUCUGGUAGCUUGGUUUCUCCAGUCCGGAGUGUGGAGCGCUCCCAAAGCACAGAGGAACAAAAGACGGCUAAAUUAAAACCCCCGGCGCUCAACAACAUCACAUCUGAAGCCACCAGCACCAUGUCUCCACCGCCUGCCAAGAAACUGGCCCUCUCGGCCAAGAAGGCUUACAGUCAGAGUCCGAGGAACAUUGAUGCUCUGCGCCAUUCGCCAAAGCAGCUGCCCACUGUCCCCACGCAUCAAAAUCAACUUAAAUCCCCUGCCGUCGCCUCAGCUAAUCACAUUGACAGAGUCGGUCCAUUCAAUCCUCCAAAAGCCCAGUCCUCACCUUUUUCUCACUCAUGUGGACCUUUAGUGCAGAAGAGCCCUCACAGACAGCCACCUUUCUUCAUAUUGCAAAAACCAAAAGCCAGCCUUUCUCACAAAACCAACGGCCUUCAUAGUCCAAACCCAAUGAGCCCCAAGUCUUCCAACAACCUUAGCUCCGCAGCUCAAGAGCCAGACCUUGACCCUCUGGCUCAACACGUCAGCCCAAAAAAGAAGAAAAAGAAGAAGAAAAGACGACACUCCGAGGUGGAGGGCGACACAGAGAUUUCUACAUCCUCAGCUUCUGCUGCACAGUCCAGCCCCAUGGAGCCAGCGCAUGAGAAGAAGAGUAAGAAGAAGGAAAAGCGGAAACACGAGGGGUAUGAUGGCGAAGAUAUGAAAGAGAGCGAGUGCGUCCAGUCUCAUUUGGACGCAUCAAAUCAAGAGGAGGAUUGGUGUCAGAGCGGUCUAUGGAGUCUAACGUCUCAUCCAGAUGCAGAGCCGUCAGAGCACAAGGUCCGGCUUUCUGCCACUAGGUCAAUGCAGUGCGAGUCAAAUCCGAAAGAACAGGAGACUGCCCCUGUGAGGAAAAAGAAGAAGAAAAAGAAAAUAAUUGAACAGGAGGAGGCUCUGCUGGAAAUAAACUCCUUAUCACAAAGGGACCCAAAGAUGAAAACGGCCGAUAUUUCUAAUCGCACCGAAUAUUUAAUAACAAUGAACGAUGAAUUGACCAUAAAGAAAAAGAAGAAGAACAAGCUAAAAGAAAAGGUGCGAGAGGAGAGAAAACUUUCUGAUAAUGAGUCAGCAGAAGAACUUGCCUCCAAAAAGAUCUCCACAGAAGACAGAAAAGUUGGCGAAGAAAGUACAGCCUCAGUGGUAGUGUGGGACAGCCAGGUGAGGGACGGGUACAGACGCAGCAAGGCGCCAACGGCUGAUGGAGGCGCUUCAGUGAACCCCUCGAACCACGUUGCUUCUGCAGCCUGGGACGGGAAAAGGAGCAGUGAUGUUGUGGAAGAGCUUCUCAUGAACUCCACGGAUAAAGCCUAUGGAGCCAACGUCCUCAGCUGGGAGGGGGAAGUCUCUGCUGUCAGUAAGGAUGCGAUUGAAGAUGUCCGCAGUGCCAUGUGUGACACAGUGAUUGAUGAGUGGGAUGAGGACUUUGACAGAGGAAAGGUGAAGAAAGUUAAGAACUACAAAAGAGAGAAGUGGAGGAACAACAGCAGCAUCUUCCAGAAGAUCCAGGACAGGCGCAACAAGUGGUCGGUAACACCCGGAGCGAAGCGAGUUUUCGGAGUGCGACGCUGAGGUCUUGCUGACGGGGAAAGUUGGACUGCUACACUGUAUACCAUACCGUCUGUUCCUCCUCUUUCUCCUGUUUUCAUCUCCGUCUGUGUUCAUGAAUGUUUCCCAAAUUUAGAAGAACAAUAUGUGCCAUAAGCAGCCCACUGAUAGUCUGACCAGUCCUAAAGUAUGAAAGUUGGCUCAUUUAACAGAAAAAAAAACAUCCUCAUGUAUUCAUGUCACAUGAGUUGCUGAGUGUCUACAUCCUUUGAGCCUUAGUUACUAUGUUAUAAACUGCUAUAAAAUGAAAUACACUGUAAUUGUGAAGAGUUCGCUGUAACACUUUGGCUGGUUUUACGCAGUCUCUGCAUAAGGGCUCAGAAGUUAAGACAGUAAUGAAGUGACCUUUGUUUUAACCCUUCUCCUUGAUGUUUUCUUCUAUACCAAAUUAGUCAUUUAAGUGUUUUAUUUUUUGUUCUCAAGUUGUUUUCUUUCAUUUAUGAUUUAAGUUGGUGCUGUCUGUGCCCUUUGUUUUGUUUUGGACCAAAUUUUGCCUGCGUAUUGUUUGGUAAAAUUGUGGCUUAAAUUGUCAGAUUUUUUUCUAUUCAUGCAUGUCUGAACAAAUGUAAUUUUUUCUUUUUUAUUUGUCUGUUUGCUUUGAAUGAGUUUCAUUGCUCUAUUGCUAUAAUGAAUUCUAAACUACAGAAAAACCGAUUCUGUUUGACACCUUAGUAUGCAAUUUUCCUUUCGCAGAUAAGUGGCUUGGGUUUCUGAGGGAACCAGAUAUUUACAGGUCAUUUUUUAUUUUAUUUUGUUUUUCUAAAAAUGAGCAUCUCAGUUGUUCAUUCAGAGGACGCCAGUCUGGAAAUGGGACCUUCUCAUUUUCUACGACAGCUCACCCACAAUAAGGAUCAUUUUAGGCUUUUUAUUUUAGACUCUGCAUCAGAAUGGGACGUGAUCUGUUUUUUGUUUCCCCAUGUAACUUUUUAUCUCUAUGCAAUUUUUGGACCAUCACCCUGGUCACGUAAAAACUGGGCCGAGACUCAGGAACCCGGACCUCCUGCAUCCCAUGAUCACCACUAUGUCUAGAUUAACCUUCCUCCUGUUUCAUUUCAGCGCAGCCAUUCUACCUGGACCACCACGUUUGCAUCCUGUACAUCUUGUAGAAACUGUUUUAUACAAACAAUUUCAAGUAAGGGGACUAUCGGGGGCACAAAUGCAUACAAAACCUUGUUCUAUCAAAAUGCUUCGCCAGCGUAGAAGGCUGUACAGUCUGUCUUGUGCUACCUGUAUUACCCUUAAAUGCUGUAAAGACGUGCCCAUGCAUUUCUAUUCCUACUAGAGGUGUUGUCUUGAAUUGGCUACAACACCUAUAGGAUUUAAUGUUAUAAAUAUCUAAUUUAAAGAACAAAAGACAGAUCUUUAAUGUGCUAAUACUCAGUUGGUGGAUGUUGACUUGAGAAUUUAACUGCAAAUGUGUUUUGUGUAUAAGAGUUACCUGUUUUCAUGCAAGUUCUCCUCUGGCCCUGCAGUAUUCAUACAGAGCCAGAGAAGUUGAAGCAAUCUUUGCUUCUAUAGGACAUUUGCGUUAACUGUGAAAUCAUAACGUAGGUUAUGACUCUCAAAGAGGGACAGAGGAACAUUAAGUGUGAAUGUUUGCAAUGAUUCUGUGUUUUUCACCGUAUGUUUUUCUGACCAGGAAUGAGAACUUUCAUAGUGAAAGAAGCUCUUACCACAAUACAGUUAAGUUAAGAAGUGCAAUAAAGUUGUGACUUUUGUGAAA